AGUGUAAUUCUAAAUUUAGUUUUGAAGCUCAGGUCCAUCUUUAUCUGGCUGGUACUUUUCUUGUAUUCCAGCCACAUGAUUUAUGUGCUCAGAUGACAGGAAGGAGUUGGCUUGGGUUAGCUUUCAGGCUGUAUGCUGUUGUCUAGUGAGUGGUUCCUCUGCAGCCCAUUUUCCUUUUCCAGGUUUACUGCUGGGGCCAUGGCUCUCUCCUGGUUUAGAUAGGAGCUCCUUCCCUGUUUUGGACUUUACCACAGAGAAACUGAAUUGCACAGAAGAAACAGACUGAAUAAAGUAGCUGGUUUUGAGAUGCUUUAUUAACAUUGAACAGUAUAGUGUGGAGACUACAACUAGUUGUGCUCUCAUCUCUUCACAGAAUGGUCACCACAAGCAGCACAUGACAUGCUAACAGCUUUUGCUGCUGCUUCACAGCCUCCGAAUUGUGGAGGGGAGAUGAGGCCAAACAUCGAAUAAAAUUACAGGGCAACUGCAGUCACACGUUACCCAGGAAACUGCAGAUGCAGACAGAAUACACCAAGAGCACAAGUGCAACCCUCCCCUCCAGUGUGCCUUCAUGCAGAUCCCUGUCCAGUGAAGAUGGCCCCAGUGGCCACUGCAGCCUCUCGGACAGGGAGCUUGCCCGGAACUUACAGGAUGGCAUCAAGCACCGAAUCCUCUACCUGUCAGAGCAGCUGAGAGUGGAGAAGGCUAUCCGGGACGAGAACACCGUGGGCUACCUCAAGCUGGUGUCCAAAGCAGACCGGCACCAGGCCCUGCAUAUCCGGCAGGCCUUCGAGAAGGUAAACCAGCGUGCCUCUGCUACCAUCGCCCAGAUUGAGCGAAGGCUUCGCCAAUGUCACCAGCAGCUCCAGGAGCUGGAGGAAGGAUGCAGGCCCAAAGGCUUAGUGCUGACAGCAGAAAGUAACCCGAACAACUGUGAGCAGCCCAGUGAGAAGGCCCCAUUUUUUGAGUCCCCCAAGCCAGGUAGGGAAGACUGCCUGCCCACCAGCCUGCCCAAAGUCAUCAAAAACUUCACCCUAGAGAGUCACUUCCCUGGCUUGCAACAGGGAAAGUUGUCAAAUUGUGUGGCCCAGCAACGAAACCUGCUGUUGCAGAAGGUGAAGGAAGAGCUGAAAGAAGUCAAGAAGUUCCACAUCAGCCUCAAGGUGUCCUAUCAGAGCCUAAAGGACAAGUAUCUGACAGACCUGCAGGUGUCACUGGAGUCCCUUCAGGAGAAGAAAUGCAGACAAACAUUGAUGGAAGAGCAGGUGAAUGACCACCUGCAGGGCCACCUGGAUGAGAUUUACCACCUCAAACAGAAUCUGGCCUGCACUGAAGAGAAAAUGGCAUAUCUGUCCUAUGAGAGAGACAAGGAAAUAUGGGAGGUCAUGGAGACUUUCAAGAACCGAAUAGCCAAGCUGGAAACUUUACAGCAAGUCACCCAGCUGGAGACAAAAGAGAACCUCAGAAGCCGUCCCCAGGAGUUUUUGUUCAGAUUCGUGAGCCUGCUCCUCACACUGGCCACCCUGCUCUUGGUCUCUGUCUCCGCCAUUUGUGCCUUCCCCUUACCACUGGUCAACUCACGCCUGCGCACUUGCACCGUGCUCAUGCUGCUUGGGCUCGGGGCCCUGGCCUGGCAGAAGCGACACACCAUCCCCACCUUGGACUGGCAGGUGUGGGUCCCCUCCAGAUGGAGACUGUACUCCAAGGACUCCAAUCCUCCAUCAGAUGGACCUUAAGAGGCCUGAGUUUGCUAGUUCUGCCCUCCUUCCGGCUCUCCCCAGGCAGCCACUUUGCAGUUCUUGCUUUCUGAUUCUGUGACCACCAGUCUAGGGAGGUGUGCCCAGACACCUACCUGCUUCACACUUCUAUUUCACCACAAUCCUUCCAUGCCAUCUGUAGACAUGAGGCUUGGAGAAAAUUAAAGUCUAUGAAGCACUG